AUGUCUUCUUUUAUUCAAGAAAGUGUAUAUGAAGGAAAUUAACCUAUAGAAAAAGAAGAGGAUGUAAUUUUUAUUAAAGGUCCAUAAUUACUUAUUUUGGAUAUGAAAUUUUCUGCUGUAAAAAAAAUAAAUUCUGAUUUUAGGAUUAAAACUAUAUUCUCCUUACAACAAAAGAAGGAUUUAAAUUGUAUGAUUUAUAGGAAGAUUAACUUUUCAUUAAUGAAGAAAAUUUAAAAUUAGGAGACAUAUAUUCUAUUGAUUUCUUUGAAAAUUAAGGAAGUCAAUUUGUUAUUGCUUUAGAUUAGUUAAUUGUAAUUUGGGAUUAUAAUUAAAGAUCAAUUUUCAAAAAAUUUCCUCUGAUUUAAACUCCAUAAUAAAUUUCUUUUUGCAAUCCAUUUAUAAUUGCAGGGAUUAAAUAAUAACAUUAAAAUAUUAUUUUAGUAUUAAAUGUAAGAACUGAUUAAGCUUAUAGAUAUUUACAAAUAUAAAACUUAAAUGGAUAGAUAAUAUUUGCAAAUAAUAAAAAUCAAUAUAACUGCGUCUUAACUUAUCUAAAUUAAAAUGGAUCUUUCUUACUCAUAGAUUUCUUACAUUAUUAGGCUCUACAAGGAAUAAAUAUAAAAACUAUGACAAUAAUUUCAGAUGAAUAAAUUGUUGAUUAUUAAAAAUAAUCUCUAUCAAAACAAAUAUAAACAGAAUCCUAAUUUAGAAUUUAUUCUAAUGUUGGUUAUAUAUAAACUUGUAUUGCCAUCUCAAAUGAUAGCAAUUUACUUGCUAUUUCUCCAUUAAUAGACAACUAAAGAAUAUAUAUUUACAGUAUUUCACCUUCAUAAUCACCAAAAUUAAAAUAUUAAUUAUAUAGAGGACAAACCAAGAAAAUGUUAAGUUUGUAUUUUGGACCUAAUGAAAUGCUUGCAUGUAUAAGUUUUUAGAAUAAUAUAAAUAUGAGCAAAAAUGAUGGAACUAUUCAUUUGUAUUAUAAAAUGAAAGAAAUUAAUGAUAAUGAAAAUAAAGAUUUAAAGAGUUUGACAAGAUUAUAUUUUAAAACUAAUUCUAACGAUAUUACUUAUCAAAAUAGAACUAAAAUGAUCUUACUUUCAAUUAAUCAAGAAAAAUUACAAGUUUUUUCAGGUUAUUAAUUUAAAUUUGAGGAGUAUUUAUAAUUGGACUCUAAUUUAAUAACAAAAGUUGUAGAGAAAUAAAAUUACACUUAAUGGCCUAAAAUUGAUCCAUAUUGA